CCCAAUCAAUCUUCAAAAUGGUAUAUACCUCUGGAAUCGACAAAGACCGUUUCCCCUACCUACAUCGGGUGGAAACACUUAAGACUAGCUUUCCAUGUUUGGGGACUUUUACAAGCAGACUUAUGAACGUAAGCGAUGAGGGCAGAAGGCUUGUUGAUCAGCACUUCCAGCGAGAAGAUGGCAGUUAUUGUCCUCCCGGACGUUGCUGUGUUCUUGAGUUUCGAUCCAACUCGAAUCGCGCUUGGGGGCAUGUAGUCAAAUUCAAGGACGACUUGGAUUUAUUCGAUUACUUGCAGCUCCAUAACCCGCUCAAUGGACCCCCGACCCCGAGUGAUUGUUCGCAUCGACUUUACAUUCUAGAGGAUAUUUCCCCGGAGUACGUGGAACUGAUCGGACGACACCUUCAUGUGGACCCGUUGAUAUUUGCGUCUCAAAUCAACACUUGGAAGUUUCUCAACUCCAAGGCUAUCGCACAAAGGACUCUCCCUUCGCUCUCCAAGCCAGCUAAGUCCUUCACGCUUCGCUACCACGAACCUCGAACUUUCGACAAUCCACUCGAGAAUGGACACUGCACAUUUGCAAGCAAUCGGCGGACCAUCGAUUCUUGGUUUCCAAUUCCCGGAGGCCGGAUCACAAUGCCCUUUGAAGCAGCUCUAGUCAGACACUGCGCAUCUUUCUGGGUAGACAAUGCCUCUGAUCCGGACAAAGGUUGGAACGCUCUCCUACUUGUUGACCCGCCUAUUUCUUCGUGCAAAGCCCCUGAAGAACUAGUGUUGCCACAUGGAACAUACACACUUUUGAAAAGAGUCCCAACGAAGGAUUCAAGAUAUGCCAUGUUUAGGACCCAGCCCCAUAUCAGCAGGCCCUAUAAUGGCGGCCAUCCAGAUCCAAUACCGGAAUCAGCAGCGCUUAGAUUCACAUCGGAUUACGGGAAAGCGAACCUAGAGCACAGUGGUGCAAAAUCCAUUUACCGGAGGAAAAAUUCGCUCUUCGACGAGGCCAUUUUGUACUGGACGCAGAAAGACAAUGAUGACGCAGUGAGGCUGGCUAUCGAACAACCAUUCAAUACUAUGCAAUAUGUCCUCAAAAUCGUGGCAUAUCAUUGGACUAACACGUUGGAAUUAUUUCUGGUUACGCUGAAUCAAGCAGAAUUCCUCGCAGACGAGGGGAGAUAUCAACAGCUAGAAGAGGGAGGUGAUGCCGUAUCAGGAAUCUUCACGGACGACUACCACAAAUGGAAGAAGGAGAUAUCUCGCCUAUAUGUUGCAAUCUACUCCCUUAACGUCUUUCGCCGCCGCCUGGCUUACUUUGAAGACGAUGUCGAGUUGAACCUUGAAAGACUGGGAUGUAAACCUGACGGAACGCUCUACUCCCCCUUCGCAGAUGCUCAAAACCUUCCACUUGCUCUUCAAGAUGCGAUGAUGGAUUUCUCAGCGAUCGCCGGCAGAGUUAAACUUUACAAGGACCGGGCAGAUGCAUUAGCUUCCACCGCCGAUGAAAUUGUCAAUCUCCGCGGCGCAGCAAAGAGUCUUGACGAUGGAGCCUUCAAUUUACGUCUUGCAGUCCUCGCUGCUGUUGUCUUCCCUCCUACUCUAAUCGCGGCUCUUUUUGGCAUGUCCGAUGGAUUCAAACCCGGUGAUGGCCAAUUUUGGAUCUUUUGGGCCGUGUCAAUACCCUCCGUUAUAUUCAUGGUGAUAAUUGUGUUGAGGUGGGACACGAUUUCUAGCUUCUUGCGCCUUUCUAGGCCACGGGGAAUGCAAUUUACCCACGAAAGAAGGCGUCGUUAGAUGAAUGGGGGCCCAUCGGACAAAGAGCGCAAUUCUGCUAUGAUUCAUGUGCAUUAGGAACGUCGUCUAUCCGUCAAUGCACCUCAGAU